AGGGACAGAUGAGUCCGGGUUGACUGAUGGUGGCGCUGCGCAGGCCGUGGCCCGUCUUGGUCACAGCGGUGCUGGCCCUGCUGGCCUGUCUGGGAGCGCUGGUCGACGCCUACCCCGCCAAACCCGAGGCCCCUGGCGAGGACGCCUCGCCCGAGGAGCUGAGCCGCUACUAUGCCUCGCUGCGCCACUACCUCAACCUGGUCACUCGGCAGCGGUACGGGAAACGCGACAGCGAAGCGCUCCUGGCCAGGCUGCUCCUCCCCGACGGCGACAGCGAGGAUCGCCCCGUCAGGUCGCGGUAA